CUUUCAAUUAAUGAAACUUUUUUUUAGUUGUAAUAAAUUUUUAAAACAUGAUCAUCACUGCCAUCUUUGUUGUGGCAUUGGCCAUUAUUGCCAGCUGUGAACAUCCAAAUGAAGAUCCUCUUUGGAGAGAAUUCAAGUUGAAAUUUGGAAAGUUUUAUCCCAAAAAGCAUGAAGAAAGUGGUCGUUAUUUUAUCUGGAAGCAACAUUUGAAAGAAAUACUUGAGCAUAAUAACAAUGCCAACAAUAAAUUUAAAAAAGGGAUAAAUCAAUAUUCAGAUCUUACACAUCAAGAGUUUAGAGAACAAAUGGGAGGAUGUUUUAAAUUACCUAAACACAUCCUUGAGGGUAAUGUUACAGAAGGUUCUACAUGGCUCCCUCCAUCCAAUGUCAAUAUUCCAGACACUGUUGACUGGAGAAAUGAAGGAUAUGUCACUGCUGUAAAAAAUCAAGGACAAUGUGGAUCAUGUUGGUCAUUUAGUUCUACUGGAUCAUUGGAAGGGCAAACAUUCAAAAAAACAGGAAGGCUUCCUGACCUAAGUGAACAAAAUCUGGUGGACUGUACAAAGUCAUAUGGUAAUGAAGGUUGUCGAGGUGGAUGGAUGGACAAUUCCUUUAAGUAUAUCAGAGAUAAUCGUGGAAUUGACAGUGAAUCAGGGUAUCCUUAUUAUGCAAGAGAACUUGGUUACUGUUACUAUAAUGCAAAAUACAAUACAGCCACAGACACGGGCUUCUAUGAUUUACCAUCAGGUGACGAAAAUGCACUUAAAGUUGCUGUUGCGACUGUUGGUCCCAUUUCUAUUGCAAUUGAUGCCACUCACCCUUCUUUCAUGAGUUAUCGAUCAGGAGUUUACAUUGAACCGUUAUGUGGAAAUGGUCUUGCUAACUUAGAUCAUGCUGUUUUAAUUGUGGGUUACGGAACUGAGAAUGGUGAAGAUUACUGGUUAGUUAAGAACAGUUGGGCCACAACUUGGGGCGAUGCUGGUUACAUCAAAAUGGCAAGAAACAGAAACAACCAAUGCGGAGUAGCAACAAAAGCCAGUUAUCCGUUGGUUUAAUUCUACAUAAAAUUCAUGUUUUCAUGGUGUUUAUUUUGUAUGUUAACAUUUUAAUGUAAAUAACUUCUGUGAAUUUAAUAGAAUAGGAAAUGCACUUUUUGUAUACAUAUAAAAAGAAAAAAAUUCAAAUUAA